AUGCCGGCCAAAAGUUACGUGGAUACUGGGUUAGGGUUAGGGUUAGGUGUUGGUGUUAGGUGGUUUGUCACCGAAACUUCUUCUAACAAAGGAUUAGGCAAACGAUUAGCUUCUUUCAGCACUCACACUGGGUUUCUUUUAAACUGCAAUUUUCUGAAAUUGCCGUUUUAUAUUCCAUGUCGUGAAGGACAAAAGCUUUUUGGGGUAACGGCUGGUAUAGGUAAGACGCGAUUGGGACGAGAAGGUUUUAACAUUUUGCGACAUCUCUGGACACCACCAACUGAAUGGACAAGAAAUGGGUUUCAAGGAAAUAUAACAAGAUCUAGAAUUGCAGAGAUAGUUUGGUCGACAGAUAUUUCAAAGCUAUCACGCGAUAACUCUGUUCCUGCAUCUAUUCGGAUAUUUACAUCUGAGUUAUUAGCGUACCAAUUCAUGUUUGAUGUAUAUGAACUUGGGCACUAUAAGACACAUCAGACUUCACAGUUUAUCUUUGUGCAAACAUUCCUUUCGGGAACAGCGCCACAUAUUGUAAUACGAGCAAAAGAACCCACAUCAUAUUCUUGGAGAUCUCGACAAACGGUAUGCUCAGAACAUUUGCCGAGGAAUUUCGUGAAUGAGAAUAAUAAGGAAUUUCAACAGAAUUCUCAGGAAGAAAUUGCAAGACUUAUAUUAUUUGCUGUAAAACAACAGAAUAUGAAUUUAUUAAAUGAGACAUUUUCGGAUUAUUAG